AUGGAGAACGGGCACACGGGGAAGCACCGGGUCGCCGUCAUCGGCAGCGGCAACUGGGGCAGCGUCGCCUCCCGCCUCCUCGCCUCCAACACCGCCAAGCUGCCCUCCUUCCACGAUGAAGUGAGAAUGUGGGUGUUUGAAGAAACAUUGCCAACAGGCGAAAAGCUAUCCGAGUCCAUUAACCAAGCACAUGAGAACUGCAAGUACUUACCUGGUAUUAAGCUUGGAACCAAUGUUAUUGCUGACCCCGACUUGGAGAGUGCAGUCAAAGACGCCGAUAUGCUGGUUUUUGUGACCCCGCAUCAAUUUGUGGAGGGUAUAUGUAAGAAGCUUGUGGGCAAACUAAGACCAGGAGUUGAGGCUAUAUCCCUCAUCAAGGGCAUGGAGGUCAAGAUGGAAGGACCAUGCAUGAUAUCAAAACUAAUAACCGAUACACUUGGAAUCAAUUGUUGUGUCCUCAUGGGUGCUAACAUUGCAAAUGAGAUCGCUGUUGAGAAGUUCAGUGAAGCAACAAUUGGAUACAGGGAAGAUAAAGAAGCAGCAAACCGAUGGGCUAAACUUUUCACCACUCCUUACUUCCUAGUUUCUGUUGUCGAAGAUAUCGAGGGAGUUGAACUCUGUGGGACACUGAAAAAUGUUGUGGCCAUUGCAGCAGGCUUUGUUGAUGGCUUGGAUAUGGGAAAUAACACCAAGGCUGCCAUAAUGCGGAUUGGUUUGCGGGAAAUGCGUGCUUUCUCUAAACUUCUGUUCCCUUCAGUCAGAGACAACACUUUCUUUGAGAGCUGUGGUGUGGCUGACCUUAUAACUACAUGCCUUGGUGGGAGAAACAGGAGAGUGGCAGAAGCUUUUGCAAGAAAUGGCGGCAAAAGGUCUUUUGAUGAGCUAGAGGCAGAAAUGUUGCAUGGGCAAAAACUGCAGGGGGUGUCCACUGCAAGAGAAGUCUAUGAAGUAUUGACUUAUCAUGGGUGGCAGGAACUGUUUCCGCUUUUAUCAACUGUACAUGAGAUCUGUAUCGGACAACUGCCUCCUACAUCAAUAGUUGAAUACAGCUCGCUGAAGGUCAAUCUUGAAGAUGCCAUCAAGAACAAUUUGGGCUUUGUAAAGUUUUCGAAGACCAAGCAUUCCAUUACCUUCCAAUUCCUGGCAAAGCAAGGCCCAGGAAGUUGUAGAUGCUAG